ACCUCACGGGAAAGCAGACCGAGCGCCGAGCUGCGGUCAGGGGAGCAAGAACCAGAUUGCUGUGCAAGCCUCCUCCUCCUCCUCCCCUUGCCCUUCUUAACCCCGCCGGCUUCGCACCCCUCGACACCAGCAAGAGCCGCAACCCCGCCGCCGUUGCCAGGGACAGGUUACUCUCAUCUUUGGUUCUUGUGAACAAGAAGACUACAGCAACUGCUCAAGAGCAAGCCAUGGAGGAAUCCAAUGAUCAGGGUCUUGCACAGAAGAGCACUGCCCCCACUGGGUUCUUCAGGGUCCCUGGCCUCUUCGUGAGGCUAAGCAGCAAAGGACUGAAUGCAGUGGACCCUGAUUCCGCCUGGAGUCCGACCUCUCCGUUGGAUUUCAAGAACCUGUCAUCAAGCACUGGAAGCACCAAUCUGAAGUCCUCUGGGUUGCUGGGUGUCGAGGCUGAUCUGAAGUUGAGAACUAGCCCUCCAAGAGUCGGCCUCGGCCUUGUCGAUGCCCUCACAGCCGACGAGAGCUCCUCGUGCUUUGGAGUCACCAACUCGUUUCUUGAAUCCAUUAGGCCAUUUCUUGAGCUGGGGUUGCCGAAGGCGGCGAGUGAUGCUGCAAUGCCAAAAACCAGUUCGGCUGGUGUCACUCCGAACGAGAUUGCAGACUUUGCCCAGUCUGAAGAGUACACCUGUGUUAUCGAGCAUGGCCCGAACCCGAGGACGACGCACAUUCUCGGAGGCGAUACACUGGAGCUGUGCAAGGGUGUUCCAAGUGCUUCCAAGAAGCCAAUCUUCACCAUUGAGCCCAUCGGCGAGCGGCCGGCGACGCCGGCGGGUGCUGUCCCCCGCUCAUGCUCAUACUGCAGGAAGAGGCUGCAAGAGGACAGGGAUAUCUACAUGUAUCUGGGAGAGAGAGCAUUCUGCAGCAACGAGUGCAGGAGGGACUACAUUGAGGAGGAGAUCGAGGAGGUGGAGGAGCUCAUGAUGCUGGAUUCUGCUGGCUCUUCUGCCCUCGUAUCUUGGUGAAAAAUUGGCAGCAGCGCUAGUAGUAGUUCUGGUGGUGGUGGUGGUGCAGGAAAGCGACUGAUGCCUCUUUUGGAUGGAUGUUCAGGUUUUGGUAGGGAAAGGAAAGAAAACUGCUUCCCGUUCUACUUUUUCUGAAUGGAGAAGUUUUUAAUUUAGCCGGUUUCUGCAAACAGUGCAACGGCUAAAUGAUUUUCAUGGAUUUGUGGGGAUUCCCAUUGCAUGUAAAACGAGCAAUAUUCAUGUGCCAAUCAAUAUUAAAUAUCAACCCUCUAUAGCAAGCAGUUAUCCCUGCUGAAUAUCA